AUGAGUUCUGCUGUUUUACUUAGAGAUGGGGAUGAAAAAGAAAAGAUUGAAACGAUAGAAGAAAGUCAUUCCAAUCGCUCUUUUUUCUCCGAGACCUUGCAUUUUUUAAUAUGCGCUGGUGGAAUUCUCUUGUGCUAUUUCUAUUUUGGAGUCCAACAGGAAAGAAUGUGAGCUUUUGGUAUUUUAAUAUAUCUUGUAUCUUCGGUUUUCAGAGUUCAAGGAAAGUAUGAAGGAGGCGAGAAGUUCACUUACAUCCAAGCAUUAGUUUUUUUCUUAUGCGUAGCAAACACUAUCUUUGCUUGGAUUUUCCGUCAAAGAAACGACAUUGAUAAUGUUCCUACCAAGUGUGUGAUUUUUUUUUUUGUUUAAUCGUUCGAAAAAUUUGGAUAAAGCACAAAUUCAAAAAGUCUUUAUUCGAAAACUUCAAUUGAUUAUGUGAUCAAUUAUGUGAUCUUCUAGACUAAGAAAAUAAAAACAAAAAAAAAAGAAAAAGUUUUGUAACGCGUAAAACGCAUUAACUAUCCAUUCUUAUUCAUUAAAAAAACAAUAAACUUUAAAAUCGGAAAAGCUAUUUGAAAAAAACGAGGAAUUGGAAAAUGCAAGUUUUUUUCAUUGAAAAAAAAAAAUGAUUGAGUGUGUUUGCAGGCUGUACGCUUCUUGUGCUGCUAGUUACCUUCUUGCCAUGAUUUUCAGUAACCAGGCUUUGCAAUACCUGCCGUAUCCGACACAGGUGAAAAUUAAUUAGAAAGAUAAUUUUUCAACUUCUUCAUUAGGUGUUAGCAAAGUCUUGCAAACCCAUACCAGUGAUGGUUUUCGGAGUACUUUUUGCUCAAAAGAAGUACAAAUGGAGGAAAUAUCUAUACGUGCUGAUGAUCGUUGUUGGCGUGGCCAUGUUUUUGUACAAAGAUAAGAAGUCGAAGGCAGAAUCUCAAUUUGGCAUAGGAGAGCUACUUUUGGUAAGUAUACAAUUAGUUUUUUGAAUGAAGUAGUCACUUUUUGUUCUAAUGGGGUUGAAUUUCAGUUACUCUCUCUAGCUAUGGAUGGAACAACGACUUCCAUUCAAGACGUAAUUAAUAAAAACUACCGCCGUAGUGCCUUGAGCAUGAUGCUUUUCAUGAACCUUUACUCAACAGUUUAUCUGGCAGCGGGGUUUUAUAUAUUCGUUUGAUUUUUCUCUAAACGCUAUGUUUCAGCCUUGUCGUGACUGGGGAGCUUUUCUCGUUCUUCGGCUUCAUGCAGAGACAUCCUCAUAUUUUCUGGGACCUCAGCUUCUUAGCUGCCUCUUCUUGUGGCGGACAGGUUAGCCUUUCUACCUGAAAAACACAAAAAAGCGGAAGAUGGAGAUCCGUAUUCUAGAAAAAAAAAAUUUUUUCAGCAAGUUAGGGUAAAAUUAUAUGAUCUUGAAGCGAUAAUCUUUCGGACACAUGUAUUGAACUUUCGAAAAAAAAGAACAAAUGAUUUUUGGGGCCUUUUUAAGAGAAGCACAUUUUUAAUCGCUGUAGAACUCAGAGUACUCAACUUGUAUUGACCUUAUCUGAACUUUGAAGUUGCGAACGAAAGAUUAACGAAUCUUCCGACUUUAAUGUUACGGACCAAUCUUUUUUGGACUUUUCGAAAAAUGAUUACUCAUAUACUGGUAGGGUCUCUCUGCGGCAAAAAACAGAGACAGUCCGCGGGUGUAGAUGGCGAACGCCCGUUUUCUCACCUAUUCGUUCUAUCGGCUAUCCGUGUUCGUGAACAGUUAUAUCCGUGAGGUUCGCCCUUUCUCAUCUUUCCGCGCCUGUCCCCUUCCCGUAGACUAA